AUGAAUUCUGCAGAACAGACGGUGACAUGGCUUAUUUCACUGGGGGUCCUGGAAUCACCGAAAAAGACCAUCUCCGAUCCUGAAGGAUUCUUGCAAACGUCCCUCAAAGAUGGGGUAGUGCUGUGCAGGCUUCUUGAACGGUUGCGUCCUGGCUACAUCGAAAAAGUUUACCAUGAUCCCAAGACCGAUAGCGAGUGCCUGAGCAACAUAAGGGGGUUCCUCAAAGCCUGCGCUUCACUUCGCUUGGAGACUUUCGAAGCCAGUGAUCUGUUCCUGGGGCAGAACUUCACCAAGGUGCUGAAUUCCCUGGUGGCGCUGAACAAGGCAACGGCAGACAUCGGCCUUGGCAUUGACUCCGUAUGUGCACGCCAGUCCUCAUUUCACCGGAUAAAGUCGUUGGACUCGCUGGGCUCCCAGAACGCCUCCGCCAGAUCCUCUGCACUCCUGCAGAGCCAGUUCCGCAGUCUAGACAUGGCCGAGAACUGCUUCUCCCAGGCAGUGGUGAAGGCCCGCUUCACCUUCCAGCAGACGAAUGAGGACGAGCUAUCCUUUGAAAAGGGUGACAUCAUCCACGUCACGCGCAUGGAAGAAGGAGGGUGGUGGGAGGGUGUCUACAAUGGCAAGACUGGCUGGUUUCCUAGCAACUAUGUCCGAGAGGUCAAAGGUGGUGAAAAACCGUUAUCUCCCAAGUCUGGAACUCUGAAAAGCCCCCCUAAAGGCUUUGACACCUCCGCCAUCAGCAAGACCUACUACAAUUUGGUGCUGCAGAACAUUCUUGAAACUGAGACGGAAUAUUCGAAAGAGCUGCAGAAUCUCCUGUCAAACUAUCUGCGUUUACUACCGACUACAGACAAACUGAGCAACUCAGAUGUUGCGCACAUCUUGGGGAACCUGGAGGAGAUCAACACGUUUCAGCAGAUGUUGGUUCAGGCUCUGGAGGACUGCACAAAGCUGCCUGAAUCGCAGCAGAGGGUGGGCACUUUUUUUCUCAACCUGAUGCCCCAAAUGAAGGGACUCUACGUGGCAUACUGUGCCAACCACCCAUUCGCCGUCCACGUCCUGACAGAACACAGUGAGGAACUCGGCGACUUCAUGGAGGCCAAGGGAGCCAAUAGCCCAGGCAUCCUCAUGCUCACCACGGGCCUCAGCAAGCCCUUCAUGCGGCUAGACAAGUACCCCACCCUGCUGAAGGAACUGGAGAGGCACAUGGAGGAGUUCCACCCCGACCGGCCAGACAUUCACAAGUGCAUGGCAUCAUUCAAAAGCCUGUCUGCACAGUGCCAGGAAGUGCGCAAGCGCAAGGAGCUGGAGCUGCAGAUUCUCACGGAGUCCAUCCGAUGCUGGGAAGGCGAAGACAUCAAGACACUGGGCUCAGUCCUCUACAUGUCCCACGUCAUGAUUCAGAACCACGGAACUGAGGAGAAGCAUGAACGCUACCUCCUGCUGUUUCCCCAUGUCCUCCUCAUGCUCUCUGCCAGCCCCCGGAUGAGCGGCUUCAUUUACCAGGGUAAACUGCCAUUGACGGGAAUGACACUCAGCAAGCUAGAGGACAACGCUUUUGAGAUAUCUGGGAGCAUGAUCGAGAGGAUCCAGGUGCUGUGUAACAACCAGCAGGACUUGCAUGACUGGGUGGACCACCUGCAUCGUCAGACGAAGCACAUCACCAUGGGGACACCUAACCUGAAGCCCUCCCCCGUCCCCUUCCACACACUUCCCUCGCACCCGAUCACCCCAUCUCGCCAUUCCGAGAGCCGAAAUGUGGGCCUGGCCCCCACCUACCACACCCUCCCGCACCCUUCCUCACACGGGACGCCCCACAGCACCAUGAUGUGGGGGCCGCUGGAGCCUCCCAAGACCCCAAAGCCCUGGAGCCUCAGCUGCCUGCGGCCUGCACCCCCCCUGCGACCCUCAGCGGCUCUCUGCUAUAAAGAGGAUCUCAGCAAAAGCCCCAAGAGCAUGAAGAAGCUCCUUCCCAAGCGCAAGCCGGAGAGGAAACCAUCAGACGAAGACUUUGCGUUGAGGAAAAGCACGGCCGCCCUGGAAGAGGACGCGCAGAUCCUUAAAGUCAUCGAGGCUUACUGUACAAGUGCCAAAACACGCCAGACUCUGAACUCGACAUGGCAGGGUACUGACCUGAUGCAUAACCACGUGCUGGCCGAUGACGAGUCCUGCGUGGACUCGCUGGGCCCCCGCAGCAGCCUCUCCCGCCCGGAGCCGACCUCUGACCUGUCUGAAGACUCUGACCAUGACAGUAUAUGGACAGCCCACAGUUACAGAAUGGGUUCCACAUCCCGACCUAGGAAGGAGUGUGGACCUCAUGUGCUAUUUCCUGAGGAAGAGAAGAUUAUUGUAGAAGAGACCAAAAGCAACGGUCAAACCGUGAUUGAAGAGAAGAGCUUAGUCGACACAGUUUACGCAUUGAAGGAUGAAGUCCAAGAACUGAAACUGGAUAAUAAGAAGAUGAAGAGGACGUUGGAGGAGGAACAAAGAGCCUGGAAAGACCUGGAAAAGGUUGUGAGGAAAGUAUUAAAGAACAUGAAUGAUCCUUCCUGGGACGAGACCAAUUUGUAAGGAGGUCUCCUUAAUUUCCAGUUGAUUAUUAUUCUCUGACCUGUCUAACCAUUAAAAAAACACAAUGGGAACCAAUUUACAUAGAACACUACAAAUCACACAAAAAUGCACCAGGCUGUAGAUCUGAGAGCAGCUGGUUUGCAACCAGGUUAGAUGCCUGACUGAAGCUGUGAACUUAGCGAGUUGAUUUGUUGUGGUUGUGAGGCCUGGGUCGCUGGAGCCGGAUGGGAUUGACAGAACACCGGGAAAGACCCGUGGUGCCAAAUCCUUGGUGUAACCUGGACCAGAAGCUAGGGCAGAAGCUGAGGCUCCUGAUAACUGCUCCUUGUGUCCAUCCUGAAUGCUCUCUUCCAGAUGCAGCUGCAGCAAACACUGGGCACCAUUCACUUAGCAGAUGCUAAACGUCUUAUUUUUGAGAUCAGGGGUUCACACCAGCUGUAUGGUACCUGCUAGGCUGUCACGGCCUUUACCCAGCAAGGUCACACUAAACCUCAUGGGAACUUAAAGCCAAGACUCAUGAUGAUUUUUUUUUCCAUUUUAUUUUCCCCCCGAUGGAAACACAGCAAUACAACAUCGAGGACAGACUUCAGGUGAACAGUACGCAGGUAAACGUUUUCAAGGCGUUACCUCAUUUGUUUUGUACCUCUUUUUUCUUUUUUCAGAGGCUUUGGUAUGCGCCUGUUAUCUUUUAUUUUGUACACUUUAAUACGGGACAGGCACAUAUAUGUACCUUUAUAUUGUAAAUAAUGUCAAUAAUGUGCCUUUUCAAAUGGAUUUUUUUAAAAAUCGCUCGACUUUCUGGAAGUCUUAAGGUUUUAUACGCGAUGUUCGGGCUCCUUUCCUGUGCCGGGCUGUUCGCACAAGAAGACUGAAAUUAAAAACAUGAAUGCUAAGCUACUUAUCAAAUAUUUUGAUGAUUUUUUUCAGUUUUGGUAUCAUGUGUUACAUAUUUAAAUGAGACCAUAUGGUGAGAAUGCCUCAAUGUACUAUGAAAUAUAUGCUUCCAUUGUCCGGUGAGAUUGUCACCUGAGGACUGUUCCACAACCACUGUAUUUAUUUUUUAACUCUUCUCAGUAACUAACUUGUAUUGUUUCUGUGAAUUAAAACGGUAAAUAAAGCCCUAUUUUGGUUGCCAUUC